AACCAAUCUACGUUCCAUUCCUCAUUGUUGGAUCAAUAUUUAUUGCCUUCAUUAUCGUGGGUUCGCUGGUAGCAGUUUAUUGUUGCACAUGUUUAAGACCUAAACAGCCGUCACAGCCAAUCCGAUUUUCCCUGCGGAGCUAUCAGACCGAGACUCUUCCCAUGAUCUUGGCCUCCACGAGCUUCAGGACCCCAUCCCGGCAGUCCAGCACCGCCACCAGUUCCAGUUCCACCAGCAGCUCUGUCCGCAGGUUCUCCUUCCCCCGGGCAGAGCCAGGCUGCCUUGUGCCGUCCUCACCUCCGCCCUACACGUCUGGCUGCUUCCAGACAGCCCACACCGUCCACCUGACCCAGCCAUCAGGAUUUCUGGUGUCUCCGCCGUACUUUGGGUAUCCUCUCCAGCCAGAGCCUGCCCUGGUUGGGAAGAACUGCUCUGAUUUUACUCAGAGCUGAAGGAACUCGUGAAGAAGUAAUGUAACCUUUGCAACCACAGGGGCUGCUGCUGUUGGGUGUCACACUGAUGUGCUCUGUGGCUGCAGAAGUCAGAACUGUUCCUGUGGGUGAGUUGCCCUUGAAAAGUGAGGGGUCUCACUUGCAUUUCCCAAACUUGGAUCACACUUACAAAGGAACUGUAAAACACUCCAAACAGUUGCUCUAAAACAGGACUGCUCUGCCUAAUUUGUGCAGAAUGUGUUCAGAGACAAGUAAAAGAACCAUGUUGGGAUGAAGGUACUCAGUGUUACAAAUGACAUUUUACCCUAAUGCAGUUAACUUAGUUAACAAACAGUGGCUGCUUUCCACUGAUAAUAAUCAGACUAGUUCUAUAAAGCAGCAAUAAGCCUGAGAAGUAAGACAGGAGUAAUACUUACUAAUGAGGAUCCUUGAAAACAUCUGUUUACCACUUCCAUGAGCAAUGAAAGUAAGAGGAAGAAUUUUUAUUAGAUAUUAAAAUGCAGAGGUUUUUUAAAAAAUACACAUAAUCUACCUGAACUUACACUGCAUAUUUGUAUUAGUAAAUUUUAACGAUGGUAGAUAAAACUAGCAGUAAUUAGGCUAGGAGAAGAUCAGACAGUCUCACAUAACCAAAUUAUCUAUGAGGAAAGCAGAAUGUAUUCAGCAAUAUCACCAAUAACUUCUCCACAUAAAACUCUAAAAAUAGCGGUCUACUAAAGCAUUCUUCAGAAGGAAGUAUUUAUUGUCAGCUUUUUGCUCAGCAAGUGUAAGUUGGACAAACUGAUCAUGAAGUUCUGUUUGUAAAAUUAGCCAUGUAUAAAAUGUAAAGACAAGUUUGUAAUUUAAAAUGUAUUUACACCAUUGACAUCACUAAUUAUUUAGUAGUAACACGCAAAAAAAAACCCAACCCAAUAAACUGUGUGGUUGAAAUGCUGUGUCAUCAGUAUGACUCUGUACAGGUAGUGUUUGUUGAAUUUGGUUGGUGUAACUCUUUUUGUACUUUUUUUCCUGUUAAAAUAGUUUAUUCUGCUUUUUAAAAUGAUUUACAACUUUAACUGCACCUGUUGUGCAGAUUUAAUAUAAUACAAAAUUCUGACCAUAUAGCAAACUACUAGAUUCGUUUGUAUUUUUUACAUGCAGCUGGAGUGAAAAAGUGUUGAAAACGACGCUGAUUAGUUGGGUAUUUUGGAUUAAACAUCCUGCUCUAGGAAUAAAUUCUGUUUGCCCUUCUACAUUCCUUCACCUAAGUAAACCAACAAACCAAAUGGAAGAAGAAAAAAAAGCAUCUAAACCAAAUACAUGCAGUAAGCAAAUGGAAAAUACACAAGUAAAAAAUGCAGUCAUUAAAGGGCUUCUCUGUAUACUUGUUUUUUGCGAAAAACUGAAGUCAUUUUGUGGGUCAGAAUCUACAAUAUCAGAGGCUGAGCUUUCCUAUUUUAUCAGCCUCCAACUCCCUGUGUGCAGGAUGUGUUGAAGUACAUUAUAGCUGACCUAUUUAACAAGUAGUUUAGAAAAGCUUCAUUGGUUCUUUCUCAAGAGUUGAAUACUUUUUUCAUAGCAAAUAUCUAGUGAUCAGUAGUUAUGACAAAAAUUUUUCAAAAUAACUAUUUUAAUAAGUUUUUAGCUGCACAAUUAACAUUAUAAUCCAGCAAACAUUACUGCUAGAAAUGCAAAAAGACAAGUUCUAUACAAUGACGUUUUAAGUAAUAGGUUCUAGCUUGAAUGCUGUAAUCAUUAAUUACAACCCAAAUUAUGAUACACAGAUGUGUAUAUGUUUUGCAAGACACUAAAAAUUAGAUUUUAAGUAUUCAGGAAAUGAAUCAAAAGUUAAAUUCUGGCCUGUAAUUUUAUUGUAGAAACAAUCUUCAAGAAAGAAAAAUUUUGCUUGCCUUUGGUAAGAUUGCACAGGACUCUCCACUGCAUAUUUUGAAUGGCUAUGGAUGGGACUGUUUGUCAAGUAACUUUUUUGAAAAAUCAUUGAAUAUUUUAAGAUGUAGCAGCUGUCUUGUUCAGAAGCAUACUGUGAGAUGUACUGAUUACUCCUGUAGACAGCAGAAACAGCAAACCAACUCAACUGUAUUUUUUUACAAAUUAUAGGUAAUCUCCCAUUAGAAGAAAUCUUUAUCUAGUAAACCAAGGCAACACAGACCCAUUCUGGAAGCAGAAACUUGAUCACUUUUAACUAAGAAGGGGCAAUUUAUGUACCUUUAAAGAGCAAUUAGUCAUCAGAGCCGCUGACACAGGUGGUGAGUGGCUGAAAUUGAGUGUUUUCAUGAAAGAAAGACUGUACACAGCAAAGCUGAGAGUUUGGCUCAGUCACUGCCCAUUACCAUUUGGGGCUGUACAGGCCAGGCUGCUUCAGUGUGAUGGUCUCAGAGGGCUCUGCAGUCAGUUAUUAAUGUUUUAACACGGGGACAGAUUUUUGCUACACUUGCAUGUGGCCUUAAAUGUUAAUGACAAUUCAACCUAAAGAGAGCUGUGCUGUUUGCCAUGUAGCAAGAAACUCAGCCUAGCAGGGAAGACCCAUCUGAGCCUCUUCCUUUCUUCCCCUGAUGCUGCAUAACGGGUUUGUCGUCAUAGAAUGGUUGAAGAACUUGACACACAGGAAUAAUUUCAUUGAACCAGACUUAGAUAAGUCUGUAAGUUUACAGAGUGCUAAGUACUUCACAGAUCAGUAGCCAGACUGCAACAAAUCCUGCAGAUGUAGCUCUUAGGGUGGGAAAGAUCAAUUGUAGUGAAAAUAGCUGUGCUGUGCUACCUGUAAAAUAGUUGAGGUGGGGAUUAUGCACCAUCUGCAAACAGACAAAGAAGAAAAUAAAAAUAAAAAAAAAUCUAUUCUUGUUCAUGUAGUUACAGUAGCAGUGACCCACAUAGCUGAAGGGACAUAGCUGAAGGGAGAGGAAAGGAGGUGGCCAGAAUAAAGCCCAUGGACAGAAACAAUGCUGCCUGUGCCAGUAGUUUCCAACCCAGAUGGAUUUGGUGUGCCGGCGAGAAUGCUGAAUUUCCUCCCUAAUGGAAAAAGCCUUUUGGCAUUAGAUACUCCUAUGAUUUAUAGGAACAGGAAAUUUUCCUAAAACUUGCAGACAGAACAGAAAUGACAUUGUGAUAGCACUUUAAUGACUAAUGAAAUGGUUUGAAGGGCUGGAUGUAUGCUUGAACUGAAGGCAAUUGCUUACUAUCAGAAGUAACAUUUACAGACAGUACUUGCUUUACUGCCAUGUUAACAAAGUAGAUUUAACUAUUUCUUUUGGAAUUCUGAAUUUAGUUCAUACUCCUUUUUUCUAGCACUACAACAAUCUAAAAUCAAAAUGAAAGAAUAUUCACACUCAUUAAAUUGAUUACUGUCAUUCACACACGAUGCCACAAAUGCUUUGAUUGCCAUUAACUGGUAAUGACUUAGAUGAAACUCAAGCCUUCUGUGGAUAAUGAGCAACAGUGGCAUGCCAUUUGUUUUGUUUCCACAAUUUGGGAUUCUGAAGUGUGUAUCUCCAAAAUGCAUCAAGACUUUCCAGUGCUAGGAAAAACAUUACAAGUAUUUGCAAGAAUGUCUGAAGGAUUCUGUUUGAAACUAGGUAAGCAGUACAGUAUGAGGCUAUGUAAACUCACGGAUUAUUUGUAACACUAAUCCCACUGGAAUAAAAAAACCUGACAAUUUAAAAGUAUUUUGUCAUUACUGCUCAGGUGCAGCUUGACACAAGGAUAUUAAGGAACAUUAAGGAGCAUUAACAAGUUGAAGUUGGUUUUCAGUGCUGUUUUGCUGCCUAUUGCAAUGUUCUGUCUGAACUUGAACUCCUCUGAACAAUGAGUCUGCUUUUGAGGGAGCCACUCAUAGCACAUAAAGUUUUUGACUCACAGUGACACCAAGGUUAUAAUUCCAUGGUAUCCUCUUUUCAUUAGCAGAGGCAGAAAAGGAAAUGCCUUUCUGUUCUUUUAUUCUUUCCCUCUAUGGCUUGUGUAAAAAUUCAGGAGGCUAUAGUGUGAACCAGGUAAGUGAAAUUAUUUUAGCUUGAAAAUAAUGUUUGCUGUAAGAAAGAAGGGAAAGGAUUUGAGAGGAAGCCUGGAUCAUUAUAAACUGGAUUACAAAAUGAAUAAUUUCAAUGGCCUCAUGACUGCCAGUAUAAGAGAGAUGUAAAAUAUUAUCAGGUGGAAUAUCCUUAAACCAGCUCUGCUACUAGAGACUGGAUCUUGUGAAACUAGCACUAUCUAAGAUGCAUGUAUUAUCAAACCUGCUUGGACAGAAUACAAAAUAAAUUAAUUGUCUAGUGCACAUAUAAAAAUUAGUCACCCAGCUACUACCAAAACUCAGUUAAGGUAGUAAAAUAUUGAUUUUUUUCAGUGGCGAGGUCUGUUAGAGGAAGAAAUAGCAGCUACUAUCAAAGCCAAAGCAUACAGUAUUUACCACUGUUGUCUGAAAAGGGAGGUGACGUUUCCUUAUUCCUACUCUUACCAUUCUUGUACUACAUACUUCUCUUUCAGAAUAGGGUAUCACCACCAGAGUAUGUUAAGGCUUGGCUGGAAGUCACUAAAUUGCAGACUCCUGUGCUCCUUAAAUUUUUUAAACUUUUCUAGACUUCACAUGAGAACUGAAAAGACAUCUCCAAAAAGGUGUUGAAAAAAAAAACCCAACCCCAACAAACCUUAAACCAAUUUAAUACUUUUUCAGUAUACCUUAAAAAAUGCAAGAACUUGAUAAUAUUUGUGAAAUAAUAUUUCUGGUAUGUCUCAUUUUAAAGUAUUCAAACCCUAGAAUGAUGAGAUAUGUUUUCCUCUGAAAGUAAUCCCUAACAUUUCCAACCAAUAAAGUCAACAAAGCUUCUUAAUUUAAUGGCAAAGUUUAUUCAUUUUUUAACAAUUAAAUGACAAAACAUUUAAAAUUUGCAGUUCAAAACAUGCACAUUCACCAAAUGCCAAAUGACAUUUAACACUGCAUAGAACUGAAUGUGUUACUGAAAGAACUAUUUAAAAAACACAGUGCAUUUAACAUCCAGUUAAAACUAAACCUGAGAAACUACCAUAAACACCAAGUCAAAAAAUCUUCAUUCAUGCAGCUUCAUAAUUUCCACAAAGUUUCAGCAGUAAUGGCUUAGUGGAGCUGUAAAACCUUACUUCAUCUUGAAUGCAAAUUUUGCUGUUUCAGACUGACCGCUUUCUGCAGCGGUUAAUACAUAUCAAACACUGAAAAUUGUUAUGAAAAAUUAUGUUGAAGUAGAAAAACAAUAUUAACGCAUUUAUGGCUUCUAUGCUACAUUAAAAAAACACCAUAAAAUAUGACUUUAAAAAAACCCCAACAAAACAAACUUGUUCUGGUCACAGCUUUGCAAUUACAAAUCACACUCUACAUGGAAAUACUUUUAUUUCAGUAUCAACCCUCAAAAGUGCCCAACUUUGCACAUCAUUGCUCAGAUGAGUAGUCCUUAUACUCACAAGCAGUCUGGUUGAACCCUAUAACAGUAGUGGUUUGCAUAAGCAGGAACCAGGUUUGGAAUGCUAAAAUAUUCCUUUGUUUAAUAAAGAUCUCUUGGUUAACAGCGAGGAAACUGGGGGAGCGAGGGCAGAGAGGGGGAAGGAGAAACUCAUUUGUGGAGUUUUGUAACCUGUGAAAACAGCCAGUACCAAGGAAGCUGAACUGACAAACUCAUUUGCUUACACAGCACUAGCUUCUCAAUAUAUUAUGAGCAGACUUUUAACGAAGGCAUUAAAAAACAGGGAUCAACAACCACCAUGCAUCGCCUCAGAACACUUAGAAAUAGUGCCUCAUGCAGACAGAAUGAUAAAUUUAUCAGAACUACAACUGCUUUUACACAAUACACAAGAAAAAAAGGGAAAAACUUUUCUCCUUAAAUUUAACACAUAUUCCAAAUUACUCAUCAUUCAAGAUGGGUUCAAAUGUCAUGAUACACAUGUUAAGACACUUAAUGCUCAUCUUUGUAACAAGGUGAAUUUUAUGGAUGCAUGUGGACAUAUAAGAAUCUUCAGCUAUCUCUUAGCGUUUCAAAAUAUUUUAUUUAUCAUUUUAUACAAAUAGAAUGAUGACUAAGUAUAAAUCUGUUGAAACUGCUUUGCAAAAAUAUGUGUAAAAUUAGGAAAUGGCAAGAAAAAA